AUGGCAAUGAAAUUGGAAGCACUAUCUUCGUUGCUACUGGUGUCAUUACUCACAGCCUUGCUAGCUCAAUCGAGGUUAGCUACUGCGCAGUUUCCUCCUACCUUUCCAGGGGGCCUAUUUCCACCAGGAACUGCGCCGGAUGUGCUCAAGUGUUGGUCAUCUCUUACCGGCGUCAAUGGAUGUGUUAUGGAAAUCUUUCAAUCUGUUUUCAGCUUGCAGUUCGGAGGCAUUGGUGCCGGCUGUUGUAAGGCAUUUGUUGCUAUUGAGGACAGCUGUUUGCCCAAAAUGUUUCCACUGACUCCAUUCUUCCCUCCCUUGCUCAAGAACAUUUGUGCUCUCCAAGGAGGUCCUGCACCCCCAGCAAAAUUCUAG